UAGAUCCAGGGGAAUUACUUAUCGCAAAAUCCUACCUUUCUUAGAAUUUGCCAAGAUCUGCUUCAAAUAGCGAAUUCGUUUCGUUUGCGUUGCGUUAUUCCUUUCGAUUUAAUGUCAAAAAGCGCCGUUUAAGUGCUUGCUUGCUGCAUUGUUGAGACAAAUUAUUUUGCUUUUUAGAGAUUCCACAGGAAGAACAAUUUCAAUCAAGCUCAGUUACAAAAAUUUGCGUCGAAAGUUAGAGACGAUCGAGUGCAAUAGACUUGGUUUGUAAAGCUAAAAUGAGCCUAGAAGCUUUGCUCGAAGCUGCCAAAAUACUUCAAGACCAGGAUAGAGGUAGUCUGUAUCCACCACCUCACAAAUUCAGAGAAAGAAAAGGUACAAGAAGGUCACAAACUUAUCGGGCAACACACAACCAGCUUGAAAAAAACAGACGUGCACACUUGAGAGACUGUUUGACAUCGCUAAGAGAUCUUGUUCCAACAUCGCCUGAUCAAACUAAAGCGACUACUUUGAGUCUUCUUCAAAGUGCAAAGCAAUAUAUUAAAGUUCUUGAAGUACAUGAUAAAGAAGCCCAAAUAAUUAAGAAAAGACUAUAUGGAGAACAGCAAAAACUGAGACGAAAAUUAAGUACUUUAUUAUCUGGGUCAUCCCCUGAGGAGACCCCAUCUAAGGUGCGGAAAUUGGACACUGAUGAAAUAGAUGUGGAAAAUGAUGAUGAAACAGGCUACGGAUCUGGUGAUGACCGAAGCAGCACAGAUAGCUCUGGAAGUCAUUAGCAAUGUUGUCCUGGGUAACCUCUUUUUAAAUGGCAAGAUUUAAAAUUCCCAAAGCUACUUAUAAUUGUACAUAUGAUGCACAAAAUAACAGACAAUGUAUCAGUCUCAAAGUCAACUGUAGGAAUUUUAAUUAUUAGAUUGGUACCAAGACUUGUUGCAAAAUUGUAGGAUUAUACAGUCAUUAGUUUAGUAAUAAUUUUGAACCAAGUUUAAGAGGGUUUAUAUUUGAAGGUCACAGAAGCUUAAAAAUAAUUUUUAUCUUUUGCAAGUAUGAAUACAGGCAAGAAAUCAAUGUUUAUUUACAAAUUUCAAAAAUUUUCUGAAACUUUUGUUGUUUUCAAGUGCAUGCACACUGCUGCAAGUGACCUUCAAAUUGCUCCUCUCCUCGUAUUUGACAGAAAAAUUGCAAUUAUUUUAAGUUUCAUUAUUCUGGUUGCUAAGAAUGUUGCUCACAAUAUUUCUAACCACACAGAAGUAUUUACAGUUGAAAAGAAAGCUGCAAUUUUCAAUCAAUUUCUUCUGGUACCAGUUUAGCUGCAUGGUGCUUUAUUGUAUUCCACAUCUGAUGAUAUAGUUCAUUAAGCCUCUAAGCUGCCAGAAUUUGCAUUUGUUUUCCAUUUGGGCUUUGACUAGAUCUGUCAAUUAAUCAUUUUUGGCUUUUGUUUAUUCUGAGCUUCUUGAUAUCUCUGAUAUUUUGCUGGUUAUUUCUCACAUUCCUUGGGGUACCAUAGCGAUAAGAAAUACUUUGAGUCAUGAUCCAAUGUCCUGCACAAAGUUUAGAUUCCCACUGUUUAUAACAUUUUUAAAAUUAUCCUUCCAUAUUUGUAUAAUAUUGUGUACAUUAAUGCCUGUGGAUGGAUAUAUUGGUUAGUUUAAUUUUGCCUGCUAGAGUUUCAGGGGGAAGUUCAAACUGCAAUUUUUUGUAUUUAGAACUGUAUUUUUGUUAAUAGGAAAUUAGAUGAAAAUAACAGACUAUCUCGUAAAUACAAACUGUUUUAAAACUGCACUACAAAGUCUCUCAGAUGGAGCUGGACCUCAUCAUUAAGAUUUCCAUUAAUGCUAUACAUAGUCAACUCAAGUUGUGUUCUAACAAGCACAUAAUUUGUAAAGUUCCUUAUUCCCCCUCAUUUAGUAAUAUGGCCAGUCUUUCCUAUUGUCGUUUCGAUAUGUUCGUUUCAUGAGAGCAUUACUAAUUUGUAUCUUUGAUCAAGCACGAUAGUAUAAUGAUGAAUUUGUGUUCAGUAACUUAUAUGAAUAUAGUAGCAUAACACCGUUAUUUCAGUCUUGUAACGAUUUUGCGAAUUCCAAAAAUGGAGUUUAAUGUUCUGGCAAAGAACGUUGUAGCUUUAGAUGGACAUUUUUGUUGUCACUUAAUGGGUCUUGAUGUAUUAAUAUCACAAACUUAAUUUAUGCGAAUCUGAUGUUAAAUAGCCCACACUUGUAGAAAGGCCGUUCGAAAAGGGCUUUGUCAUUGUGAAUAGUAAGUAAAUCGUAUGUGUAUUGAAGCAGAUUGCAUUUGGUAUGUUCAAUUUCAUUUUGCCA